AGCAGGAGCAAGUCCGUAAAUCCCAGGAGUUACAGAGUCAGCUUAGCCAAUGUAACAAUGCCCUGGAAAACUCAGAAGAACUCCUAGAAUUUGCAACCAGAUCAUUAGAUAUAAAGGAACCCGAAGAAUUCUCAAAGAGUCACAAUGGCUUCAGCCUUUCGCCUGUCUUUGAAACCAAAAGUCAGUGAAAACAUGACACAUUUAAUGGUGGAUUUCUCUCAGGAAAGACAGAUGCUGCAAACUUUGAAGUUUUUGCCAGUCCCAAAAGCUCCAGAAAUAGAUCCAGUAGAGUGUUUGGUGGCUGACAACUCUGUAACUGUAGCCUGGAGAAUGCCUGAAGAAGAUAAUAAGAUUGACCAUUUCGUUAUGGAAUACAGGAAAACAAACUUUGAUGGACUUCCACGAGUGAAGGAUGAGCGAUGCUGGGAAAUGAUUGAUAACAUUAAGGGUAGUGAAUAUACGUUAUCAGGCUUAAAAUUUGAUUCCAAGUAUAUGAAUUUCAGAGUGCGAGCUUGCAACAAAGCUGUGGCUGGAGAAUACUCUGAUCCAGUGACUCUGGAGACCAAAGCACUUAACUUCAGUUUAGAUAACUCAUCAUCACAUUUGAACUUGAAAGUUGAAGAUUCCUGUGUAGAGUGGGAUCCUACUGGAGGAAAAGGCCAAGAAAGUAAAAUUAAAGGAAAAGAGAAUAAGGGCAGAAGUGGUACACCAUCCCCCAAACGGACAUCUGUAGGCUCCAGGCCACCAGCAGUAAGAGGCAGCAGAGACCGUUUUACUGGGGAGUCAUACACAGUGCUAGGAGACACUGCUAUUGAAAAUGGACAACAUUAUUGGGAAGUAAAGGCCCAGAAGGAUUGUAAAUCCUAUAGUGUGGGUGUAGCAUACAAAACUUUGGGGAAAUUCGAUCAGUUAGGAAAGACAAACACCAGUUGGUGCAUCCAUGUCAACAGCUGGUUACAGAACACAUUUGCUGCCAAGCAUAAUAAUAAGGUCAAAGUUUUGGAUGUUCCUGUUCCUGAGAAAAUAGGUGUGUUUUGUGACUUUGAUGGGGGUCAGCUUUCUUUCUAUGAUGCACACUCGAAGCAGUUGCUAUAUUCCUUCAAGACAAAAUUUACUCAGCCAGUACUGCCUGGUUUCAUGAUCUGGUGUGGUGGACUUUCUCUGAGCACUGGAAUGCAGGUUCCAAGUGCCGUGAAAACACUUCAGAGAAGUGAAAAUGGAAUGACUGGUUCAGGGAGCAGCCUCAACAAUGUCACUCAGUAAUGGCACCCAGACUGUGUUCACCCUUCCUCUUUGAUUGGGUGGCCUCUCCAUGCAGCUCCUAACACAGAAGUUUCUGAGUGCUGGAAAUGGGGUUUGCUAUGCUCUGCUUUAAAGCCUGGAAUCCGCUAGACUAAGCACCAAAUAGGAGGCAGCCACAGGACAGUACUCAGUGUCACAGAAGCAAGCAUUUGUGUAGGAAAGUAAGUAGGAAAAGGGUGGUACUGAUUUUUAUGUAGAAACCCAUUUUUCUGUUCCUUGAGCUACUUUGGCCUGUCUAGUGUGUGUAAUUCUGUAUGGUGACCCAGGACCUGCGCUGCAAAGCUUGCCUUUUCUCCUUGCCUUGUUCUUGUUUCUCCUCACUCGCUGUCAUUAAUUCCUUACACUGAAGCUUUAAAAACACAAGGUCCCCUAAGGCUUCCUAGAAAUUAAAAUUAUUGCCUAGGGAUGGCAGAGGAAUUUUCUCACUGUGGCUUAUUUCACCGUUUUAUAAAUAAGCUGAGCUUUUGAUAGGUAACUUAUUUAUUGACCAGAUUCAUAAAAUUUUCUCCUAAAACAUUGUGAUAUAGUUCUUAUAACUCAAUAUUGAUCAGAUAGGAGGAAUUUAGACAUCGUAAAGGGAGCAUCCUUCAUGUGUGCUUCUGUUGAGUUUCCUGCUCCUCCCGUGGCUCCUGGGUACCAUGUGAAAAGCCAGCUUUCUGAUUUUCUUCUCUUCUUUAAUCCCGCCUCUUAAAGCUACCAUUGAUAAAAUUUCCUCCUAAAUUUGGCACUGAUGAUAAUUAUUGCUUAAUUUACCCUCCCUAGUAAGAAUGAAAGUUUGUUAAUUAAGUCCUAUGAAGGGUAAAAUGCUGCACAUUACUAAUUUUUUGUCUAUGAAAGAUUAUAAAGAUAUAUUCCUAUUCUUUUCUGGAAUAAUUUAAAUGUUCUUUUUUACAAAGAUAUGGAAUGGUUUAACUAGCUGUUUUUUAAAAAAAAAAAACUACUACAUGUGUCUGACUUAAUUGGUACUAUGUUUUUUAAAUAAUCAUUUGAAGUUUUUGGUGUUUUAUUUUCCUGUCUUUUUUGUUCCACUCAUUCACUGUUUAUGGUUCUUCCACAAUGAACAUAGUUGUCUUUCCCGAGCCCAUACAUUUCCCAAAGGAAAGUGGCAAACAGUGAGCAAAGCUAUGGCUGUUAACAGAAAAACCUUCCAUUACAGAGUUGGGUAAAACUUUUAACUCAAAUUUUUGAGCCAAAGUAGAAGUUGAAAUUAUAAAACUGCUUUCAGAACUUUAAAGACAUGAAAAUUUGACUUUGAUUAAUUCUUGAGACUUUUAAGUUUCUUUUCAUUUUAAGUAUUUUGGGCUUUGGCAAACUUCCCUGGAGAAGUGUCCAUUGUUGCUCUGUGUGUAGUUUGUAUGAUAGUAAUAAGUAUUUGCUCUUAAAAAUGUACUGCCUACUGGCAUGAUUGUAUUUGUUCUGUUGAUGAAAUGAAUUUGACCUAGGAUGUUAUUUUUUCCAUAUAACAACUAUCUAUACUAUCAUCUGAUAACACAUUAGUAGUUUCUAAGAUUAAAGCAGUUUACAGAAUGAAGUAUGUCAAUAUUCUUUUGGUUCCCCAAAGCAGUAUUUUACUUUUCAUUUCUCAUAGUGUGAAGGACAUUUUUUCAGAGUUCUACUACCUGUAGGAAUGUUAUAUCCUGACCUAAGGAAAAAGAUUUGCUCCUUUUUAUAGACUCAUACCUGAAAGCAGUAAGUUCCUGGAAUUGCUUUGUGUGGCUACUCAGUAUAAUUGGUCAAAAAUGACAUGAAAAGGGCAGCUGUUCUUAUAUAGAACUUUUCAUUAGGAUUUUAUAUCUUACAUAGUUGUGUCUUCUCAUUUAUACAGUGCCUUUUUCCUCUACGCAUGCUCAUUGUCAACUGAAUUCAAGCCAGGCAGCACUGUACUGUAGUGGUGAGGGCUUUCUGUUGAGGGCUAGAGGAGGACAUGUGGUUCUUCCUUGUCCUGGUCCCAUCAUUUGAGACCUUCAUAUAAAAUUUCCACACAUUCAUUGGAAAACACGGGACUUUGACUGGGAAGGUUUUGCUUCUCAGCGAAUUUAUAGUACAAAGUAUAAAGUCAAUGAAUUAGACUCCAAGAUUUUAUCAUAUGAUAUUUGGUACUAAUUAUUCCUUCAUUAUUUUAAAAUAAGCAUCAGAGGUAUUUCUUCUGUCUGGUUCUUAUUGUCUCUUAUUUAGAAAAAAAAAAAACAGAACAAAUCUGUGGCAUUUUAGUUUAAAAAACCUAAGUUUAUUAAUGGAACUUUGUCACCCUUGUUUUAAAUUUAAAAAAAAAUUGAAUAUAGUGCCUACUUAAAUCAUUUCAAAAUACGGUAACUAUUAACCUGAUCAUAAUAUGUAACACCCUCAUUAGCAUAGAGUUAAAAAUACUGAGCUUCUUUGCUCAGCCUAGUCUGCUGUGGAAAGCUGGCAAGCCCUCUCCAGCACCCUUCAUUGCCUCUGUGUCUGCCUACCCACCCCCAACACCAUGGCUUGCCAUGAAGGGAAUGCAGGGAGUGGGGGUGGACUGUAAUGGAUAUACUGCAGGUGGAAAAAACUGUUUCAUAAAAACAAGUAUUGUAUUUCCCUUUUAGCAGUUGAAUUCCAACCCAGUUUUAUUUAGCUGGAAACAGACAGGAAGGAGCAGCCUUAAGCACUUUAGAAAAAGAAUUCUGCUACAAUUCACUUGCCUCAGCUGAUUGUGUCAUGUCUUUUUAAAAUUUUGGUAAACAUGUAAUAUAUCUAGAAUUCAAUUACUAACGCACAUAGAAAUUUCAUAUAUAGUGAUCCUUUGGAUGUUCUGGGUAUAGGUUUAAACAAAGUAUUAAGAGUUUGUCUGUCUGUUGGUUUAAUUGACAGCAUCUCUGGCAUGUGAUAGGAAAUUGCUAGAAGCCAGGCGUGACCUCUCACUCUGCUCUGCAAAACACUCUGUUCUGAGUAAUCUAAAAUGAGACACUGACUUACAGUCAUUAUCUCUUUUAUGGAAUCAAACAGUCAACACUAUUAUGUAUAAUCUGAACUUCCAUGAUUGGUCCUUGGUAUGAAUAAUAAAAGAAAAUAUUUAUGAUGAAAUAUUUUAAUUAGGUCAAGAUAUUCUAUUUCCUGACUUACAUAGAAUUAUUAGUUUUUCUAUAUAUAUCUUUUCCAUGAAAUUAUAGCUAUUUAUGUAUUUGCAGCUGUUUCUUUCAAAAAACAAUUUAAAAAAUUGGAAAGAGAUAUAUGUGGGAAGUGAUUACUCCAAAGAAUAUUAAUCCUAAAAGAAGACAGUGUAGACUUCUUACCAUGAAAUAUAUUACUCUAGGCUAAGGUACCUAGGCACAGUAGGUAAUGUGUCAGUCUCAUAUUACUCUAGGCUAAAAAUUUAACUGUUUUAGUCAUAGCUUUUUUAGGGCCUUUGUUAGAUCAGCAUAUAAUUCAUAUGGCAAUACUUGAGUUCCUAUGAUAUGGCAUCAAUUUUAUUACUUUCUAUCCAGGUUUCCAAAACUAGUAGAGUUUAAUUCACCAUAGCACCACAUUCUGCUCUUUUUGAUUUUAUAGUUUGGUCUAAAAAUAAUGUUUUGUUAAUAUGCCAUUAAAUUUCUAAAAAAAAAAAAAUACAUUCAUGGGCUGGCAAGAUGGAUCACAAGAAAAGAGCUUGCUGCCAAGAAGAUGACUCAGUUCGUUCCCUGGGACGCAGAUGGAAGGGGAGAAACAACUCCUGCAAGUUGUCCUCUAACCUACACACACACACACACACACACACACACACACACACACACACAAUAUAACUUGAAAAAUUUAAAGUAAAUUUGUUGUAGUUUGCAAAAAUGUUAUCAAAUUAACUACACAUAGUAACACUACACUUUUAUAUUAUAACCAAAAGUCUGGAAAAGUUUCUUUCCUGGUUUUAUUCUUAAAAUAUAGACAGUCUUUCAGAGGUAAGCAUGAAUUUCCUUAGUAUCCAGGUCACAUCAAGUUGUUAUUUUCAACCAGAUAUACUUUUCAUAGUUCUGUCACUCAGAACUACAGUAGGUAGUAAAGCUUUUCUUUUAGAAAAUCAUCACAGCAGCAUUACCUCGUGUUUGGUAUUUUUAGUUUUAUCUGUAUCUUAACAGUGUUCACACUUGUGAUUCUCGUGUCAGUAUUGUAUUACCUGUAAGGCAUGAUUAAUCUGAAUACCAUAGGAACUUUCCACCAGUUGGAAUUUAAGUGGAUUGUUUGCUGCUGUAGUUUGAAUUAAAAGGUUGUCCAUGCCAUAUGACUGUUUAUAAUAUUGGCCAGGUAAUCAGUGCCAGAAAUUACCAUAGAACUUUUAUCUUGACUACCCAACCAUAUUAAGAGUACUUGUUCCUGGGUUAAUAUAAUACACGGACUUUAAUACAUCAUCAUUGAAGUUGUAUUUGUUUAAAGUUAUAUAUUUUCUUAAUAAUCGCUAACUUCAGUUGGUGCUUAGGAAAAAGUAUGUAGAGGAUUUGCAGUAUGUAGAGCAGAGGUCAGUGAAUGUAUUUGCUUGGUUUGGAACUUUGAACCAAUUCUAAAAUAAUCAAAUUGGAAGAGAUUAGUAAAAGGCAUUUUAAUACUGUUGGAACUCUUUUGGAGAGCAUAGGACCCUGAGAAAUUUUUUUUGAACAUUUUCAGUAUCUCUAAGGUACCAAAGCACUGAGUCUAAUGGAUGCUUUGAUGGAGUCUCUGUAAAAUCAAAUUCAUAACUGAUUCUAUUAAGAUAUAAUAGCUAAAGUUGGGGGAUAAUGUCAGUAAAAGCUUCUAGUCAUUAAGAUUUUUGUCAUUCUUCUAAGUGUUUAAAAUGAAUUAUUAUAGCUCUCCAAUGCAGUAAUCUAUGACCUCUUUGUAAGUCACUCACCACCUUUGGGUCUCUAUUGCCUUACUUAAAAUAUUGUACAUUGUUUAGCCUACCUCACAGGGCUGUUGUGAGGAGUGUAAUGAAAUGGAGUCCUCUGUAAAGGGGUGCUUUUCAUUAAUAAUGGCUGUAAGUGUGGAUACUUGUAAAUGCUGUUUAUUUUGAAAAAGCAUGCUCUUAAGUUGGUAUUACAAGUGAUUUUUAAAUGAUUUUUUUAAAAACAAGACUUCUAUUAAAAUGUCCUUUAUUAUUAAUUUACUCUGUGCAUGACUGAGUCAUUGUAUAUUUUCUCAUCAACUAUAUAACUUCUGGGUUGUGAAAGUUCCUCCAUAGCAUCCAUGUGUAGAAUGGAAGCCUAAAUAAGCAAAUUACUUCAGCUCCUUCUCCAUCAGGGAUUUACACUUCCCAUUAAGGACAGCCUGGUACCCCAUGCAGAGUGAAGUUGGCUGAAAUAACUCUUUCCCAACAACCGGAUGGCUCAGCUGAUGGUUGCAUUUGACAGGUAUUCAUCAGCUUUAUUGAAAAACAGUUUAAAAACCGUGUUUAUUAACUUAUAUCAGUUAUUACCUGGACAUAUUUGUGUUGCUCUAAAUUGGAUGUAGUAAAUGGUUUACAAGUUAUCCUACUCUACAGGAUUUUGGUGUGUCUGUUAUCUGGACAUGAUUUUGCUAUGCAGUUAUGAUAAUAAAAAUUGCAGUUCCUCAGGUUUAACCUUUUAGUUGUGGAUGAAGACCAUUAAUAAACUACAUGUGAUAUAUUCAGUGCUACAAGAGUGUUUGAAAUGAGCACACUGCCUCAUUUUCCUUAGAAACAAGACAAAGCCUUUUAAAUGCUGUUUUUAAACUUAAAAUGGGUGUAAAGUCCAGUAACUUGUAUGUUGAGAUGAUUGUAUGUUCUGUAUAAAAUGUUUCACUUGAGGUUUUUACAAAAGCCCCGUAUUAUCCCUUCUAAAAAUUAAACUUUUCCUUUGCUUUC